GAAAGUCUUGGCCCCUUACAACCACCAUAGCAAGGCUUACCACAUGAUUAGUAUAAUAACACUACGAGACAUCAUGUCCUCUUCACUCCAACCGGCUCUCUUAUCAAAUCAAAUGAGCAUCACUGCCUCUUUACCGUCGUUAGACGAUGCCAAUCCUAUAGACGACCCUAAUCCGCGCACGGCCUGUGUCACGCCCAACUUAAGCAAGCUCACGCUCCUUAAAACCCCCAUGUCAGAGUACAGUCCCACCACACCACCUCUUUCACUUCCUGUCCGCCUCGACCAACCCAUCUCUCCGCUCUCCACUUCCGCCAAGAUAUUAUCACCACCAGCUUAUCCCGGAUCAGGCACAUUGUCUGAUCCAUAUGUCGUCGAUUUUUUACCAUCUUCACCGCUCAAUCCCUAUAACUGGUCUAAAAGAUACCGAUGGGCGAUUACCGCUUUGAUAGGGGUGACGGCACUAUGUCCUCCUUUUGCGAGUGUAUCUUAUUCCACAACGGUAGGAGAAGUGGUGGAAGCGUACGGGAUUAGCAGGGAGCUAGCCAUAGCUGGGAUCUCACUCUUCAUCCUAGGCUUCGGACUUGGACCCCUUUUCUGGGCCCCCAUCUCCGAAAUAUAUGGUCGCCAAAUUGCCUUUGCCGCUUCCUACCCUAUCUUCACAAUCUUUAACCUCGGUACCGCUCUUUCCCAUAAUACUGUAGCAUUGAUGGUGACGAGAUUUUUUGCUGGGGUUUUCGGAAGUUCUCCUCUGACCAACGCUGGUGCGCAAGUUGGAGAUAUGUGGGCUGUGAAUGAAAGAGCUCUGGCGACUAGUGUCUUUGCCCUAGCACCGUUCUUAGGUCCUGUGCUCGGACCCAUCGUUGGGGGAUAUGUAACUGAGCGUUGUGGCUACAGAUGGGUAUAUUGGAUCCAAUUCAUUUAUGCUGCCGUCAUGACCAUCCUCUCUAUCAUCGUGGUCCCCGAAACAUACGCCCCCACCAUCCUCCGCCGCCGCGCCCGUUCACUCCAAGCUGCAGCUCUAUCAGAAGGCAGGGAGGAGUAUUAUAUCGCAAAGUACGACACGGUCAAGAAGAGUAAGAGAGAAGUCAUCCUGGUGGGACUAUGUCGGCCUUUUGAGAUGUUGUUUACGGAAGUCAUUGUUGGUUGCUUGUCAAUCUAUGGUGCGUUAAUUUAUGGCAUAUUAUACUUGUUCUUCACCGCUUUCCCUAUCGUCUUUCAACAGACUCGAGGAUGGACUGUCGGCGAAUCUGGGCUUUCCUUCCUCGGUAUGGGCGUCGGUCUCAUCUCAGGUGUUAUCCUAAACCCUUUCCUCUCCUCCCACUUCUAUUCCCGUUCCCGCUCUCAAUUGCAAUCCCACCUCAUAUCUUCCGGACACGCUCACACCCAUCCUCCUCCAGAAGCUCGUCUCCCUGUCUGCUGCAUCGGCGCCAUCCUUGCCCCUAUCGGUCUCUUCUGGUUCGCGUGGACUUCCGCCCCACCCGUCCACUGGAUCGUACCUAUCAUCGCCUGUCUCCCCUUCGGUCUCGCUUUUCUGCUGAUUUUUACGAGCAUGACGAACUACUUGAUUGACAGUUAUGAACUGUACGCAGCAAGUGCGCUCGCCGCCCAAGCGGUGAGUAGAUGCAUGUUUGGGGCGAUCUUCCCACUGUUUGCGAGUCAGAUGUAUGAGACCUUGGGACUACACUGGGCAGGAACUUUGGUCGCCUUCCUUUCCCUCGCCUGUGCACCCAUGCCAUUUCUAUUCCACAGAUAUGGCCCCUACCUCCGGCGUAAAUCCAAAUACGCGCCUUCCAUUCCUUCUGUCGCUUUGAACAAAGCAGGUGAAAUAGAACAGGCGAGAACGGAGGAUGAAAAGAAUGAAGAGCACAGCGCUGUUAAUCGGAGGAGGAGAGAACUGGAAGCUGGGGGAAUAGAGCCGGAAUGGGCGGCUGACGCGGGGUUGGAUGCGCACACUGAUGGUGCGGGAGAGAGGGAAAGAGCAUGGGAUGUGGAGAAAGGAAUAUAGGCAAAGUGAGAAUGAGAAUAUGGUCAUAUAAUUGGGCAUUGAUAGCAUAAUAAUUGGGCUUGGUGGUCUUAU